GUACAGGGUCUCAACUCAGCCACUGAACCGCCUCCGAAAAAGUUUUUACACUUCGUAGCAACUGUGGGUUGCCCGCUGUAGCGCUACACUGAUACUUGAGCUACUUUUAAGUGUACAAGAGAAUGGAGGGCUACAAACGCUUCUUGUCGUUUCUUGCUUUUUCCACGGUGUUUGGUUUUGCUGCUGUUUUGUUUGUUUUGGUGUGGGUCCUGCUAUGGAGGGAAGGUCUUGGAUGGGAUGGAGGUGCACCAGAAUUUAACUGGCAUCCUGUACUGGCUGUGUCUGGAUUUAUUUUUAUUCAAGGCAUUGCAAUCAUUGUUUAUAGACUGCCUUGGACCUGGCGCUGCAGUAAACGUCUUAUGAAAUGUAUCCAUGCAGGACUAAACACAGUAGCUUUCAUACUUAUGUCAAUUUCCCUUGUGGCUGUUUUUGACUUCCACAAUGCAAAGAACAUUCCCAACAUGUACAGUUUGCACAGUUGGAUCGGGCUGGCUGCAGUCAUCCUCUAUUCUUUACAGCUUUUCAUAGGAUUUCUUGUCUAUCUCCUACCAUUUUCUCCUGCGUUCCUUCGAUCUGCUCUUCUGCCAGUUCACACUUACUCAGGCAUUUUGAUUUUUGGAACAGUAAUCGCAGCAGCUCUGAUGGGGAUUACAGAAAAGCUGAUUUUCUCCUUGAAAGCUGCUUCUGGGAUUAUCCCAUACAGUAAAUCCCCACCAGAGGCAAUUUUUGUAAAUACGUUGGGUGUCUUGAUUUUUCUCUUUGGUGCUUUCAUUUUCUGGAUGGUUACCAGACCUGAAUGGAAGCGUCCUCCUGAACAGGAUUUCAUGACUCAGCAAUCUGCAGGCAAGAAACCAGAUGUCACCGAAGACGAGUCCACUGCUACAGACCAUAGUAUGGAUGACCUGUCAGAUGUGGAGCUACAUAGUGAGAUGUCCGCUAGAAAGCAGAACCAGAAGUUAGAUGAAGCAGGGCAAAGGUCAACCAUGUAAAAAGAACUUUACCAGCCAUUACAGCUAUGCAAGUGCAAGGCAGACAUAUCCUUAUUGUCUUCAGUAUGAUGUUUUUAAGAAUACUUUUACAGAGUUUUCACCCUCUGUGGUAAUGCAGUAGGGCAGUAGGUUUCUGUGAUGGUACUCGUUUACCAUCAGCCUAUCUGAACACAUGGAUUUGGUACAUUGGUUGCAAACUGGGCAGUGAGUUAUGUAAUCAUGCAAACUGGAAAUUCGACAUCUAUUGAAAUGUCAAAUGAGAACUUUGCGUGUGUGCACUUUAGGAAACAAAUGAGCAGUGUCAUGUUGAAUGAAAUUAUUCCAGUGCUGUCAUGAGCACUACUUUGCUGUUACAGUUUUGGUAUCAAAGUAAAUCAGAAUUACAGUUAUGUGCAUGUAUGUUUGACAGGAGACACUUUUGAGUAGAAAGUGUAGAUCAGAGUGAAUUGAAUUGCUGAUUACUAAGUAGCUUUGUAUUUGAAUAUUGUUUUGUAUUGCAGCUGUAAUUUCUGUAGUGUAAAAUCCUACUGUUACACUAACAUAGUUUUUUUUGUAAAUGUUGGCAUUGGUUAACAUUCAUUGUGUGUUGUUAUGCAUGUCAGAGUUUGCAUAAUGAUGGUAUCUUUUUUAUUACGAUAUGACAACACUGUGAAUUAAAAUGGAAUUUUAUGACGUGCUUUGUAGUAUGCACGUGUAUGUUUGUGUAUAUGUGUGUGUCUGUUUCUAUGUGACUGUGACUGUGACUGUGUGUGUGCGUGUGUGCGUGUGUGUGUGUGUGUGUGUGUGUGUGUGUGUGUGUGUGUGUGUAUGUGUAUGUGUGUGCAUGCAUAAACAAACACAAGGUACUGCCAGGGAUCCAAACUAACUUCUAGUGCGCAAAGAAGGAAAACCAAACAAAGAAAUUCAGCAUUCAGAGAUUACAAAUAAGCCAUAGUCUUUUUAUUUACAGAAUGGGCAGGCAGACUGGUUUCUAAAGUUUCUUCAGCAUCUAUCAACAAACACUGUAUAACAAAGUAGUAGAGUUAAUUGAUGAACCUCACUAUCGAGACACCACAAAUUAAAGUCUUGGGUAUGCUGCUCAACCAAUAACUAAAUUCAAGGGAUUAGAAAACCCUGAAUGAUGAAACAAAAAAAUAAGGCAGUAGAUCAGUAUAAAUGUACACAAAAGCAUAGAAGUAAGCUUAUGUAACCAUUAGUAUAGCAAAGUUUAAAGAGCCAGUAUCAGAUUAUCACAUAUCAUGGUAAAUAAUCAAUAUCACAACAAUGAAUUUAACCAUAAAUAACAUUAAAAAUAAGCGGAAUACAGAUUUCCGAUCCCUGUAAAUCCAGUGGCAAUACAAAAAUAAUUCAAUAAUAUUCAUUCAAUUCUAGAUGGAAUAAUG